AUGAACAACCCAGACGCUACUCUCAGUACCAGCCAGGCAAGACACAUGGCCGAGUUGUCAGUAAACUGGCGAUACUGGUACAAAAACAUUCACUGGUGGGCGAUAAUUGUGAUGAUAAUAGUACCUAUCGGCGGAAUCUAUCAGAGUCCACAGACUCCAGUGCAUCUGAAAACCGCCGUCUUUGCAAUAGGAUUCGGGUUUACUUCGGGCUUCAGCAUCACUGCUGGCUACCAUCGGCUCUGGUCUCAUAGAUCCUACCGUGCCACCACGCCCCUAAGGGUGCUACUCGCCCUUCUUGGAGCCAGUACCGCCCAAGGGACAAUCAGGGACCCAUACUCGGCCCGGAGAGGCCUUUGGUACUCGCAUAUGGGUUGGCUUGUGUUCAGGGUAGAUCCGAGCAUUUACCAGGAUGUCGACAUGGCUGACCUGAACACUGAUCCGGUGGUUCUCUGGCAGCAUCGCUACUACGGUGGCAUCAUGCUAGCCACCGGGUUCUUCUUCCCAACGGUGGUGUGUGGCCUUGGCUGGAGCGACUGGAAGGGUGGAUUUGUCUUCGCGGGUAUCAUGCGCAUGUUUGCAGUGAACCAAAUCACAUUCUGCGUCAACUCUCUAGCUCACUGGCUCGGGGAGCAGACCUUCGAUGAUCGAAACACCCCCCGCGACCAUGUCCUCACCGCGAUCAUCACGCUCGGGGAGGGUUACCACAACUAUCACCACGAGUUCCCCACUGACUACCGCAAUGGCGCGAGAUGGUGGCAAUACGAUCCCACCAAGUGGCUGAUCUGGUUGUGGGCGCAAAUGGGUCUUGCCUAUGACCUCCAGCGUUUUUCCUCACAGGACGCGGACAAGUGUCGUCUCCAGCAGGCGCAGAAGAACUUGGACGAGAAGAAGUCACACUUUGAUUGGGGGGUCUUGCUUGAGGACUUGCCUCUGAUGACAUGGGAUGAGUACGUGCGGCAAGCUAGCGAUGAGAAGCACGCCCUCGUUGUUAUUGCAGGGGUGGUUCAUGAUGUAUCGAGGUUUAUAGCCAAGCAUCCGGGGGGCCGUCGAAUGCUCGAAGAUGCCAUUGGCAAAGACGCGACUACAAUGUUCACAAGAGGAGUACACUUGCAUUCCCGGCUGGCACAUAACAGGCUUGCUGCUUUGAGAGUGGGUAUUCUUCAGGAGUCAUAA